AGUAACACUGUACUCACUGUGAACCUCCUAUCCCUCCACUGACUAAUCAGAGUCUGUCCUACAGCGUGCAGAGUCAGUGUGGACCUACUGAGUGAGCUCUUGCACCCUGAACACUGAAGCUGUCAGACUCAGGAUGAGGCUGCUGCCGGUUAUCUUCACUGUCUCUCUAACGCUGUCGGUUGCUUACUAUGUUUACAUCCCACUGCCUGAUGACAUCCAGGAGCCGUGGAAGCUGAUGAUGCUGGAUGCUGGAUUCCGUACAACAAUGAAUUUGGCGUCUUUGAUGGAUUGGCUGGGCUUUGACCACUACAUCAGUUCAAUUAGACAGAGCACGGAGGGCUUCGAGGGCAUGGUAAAGGGUAUGGGCAGCUCUGAGACUGAUGGCGCGGUCAUGCCUGGAGUGAAAAUCAGCGACAUCACAUUCAAUGGCGUCCCAGUCCGGGUGUACGAACCCCCGGCUGGAGGGGAGGGCCACCUGAGGAGAGGGGUGAUGUAUUUCCAUGGAGGAGGCUGGGCCCUCGGCAGUGGAAAAAAGGGGUCAUAUGAUACGAUCAACAGGAUGAUGUCUGACGAGCUCAACGCGGUUGUGGUCUCUGUUGAGUAUCGUCUGUAUCCAGAGGUGCACUUCCCAGUGCCGUAUCUGGACUGCCUUGCUGCUGCCAAGCACUUCCUGUCCAAGGAGGUUUUGACCAGGUAUGCCAUCGACCCCGAGCGUGUGGCUGUGUCAGGAGAUAGUGCAGGAGGGAACCUGGCUGCUGCGGUCUCUCAGGAGAUUUCCACAGAUGACACUAUGAGCGUGAAGUUCAGCGUCCAGGCAUUGAUCUACCCCGUGCUACAGGCUCUGGACUUCAACACGCCCUCCUACCUGCAGAAUGAAUACAUACCAAUCCUCUACCGAACUGUCAUGGUCCGCUUCUGGCUGCAGUACCUUGGUGCUGACCUCUCCCUGCUACCCCAGCUUAUGGCCAACAACCACAGCUCCUUACAACACUCAAACAUCACCCCCGAGCUGAGGGCCCGGGUAGACUGGACCGUUCUCCUGCACCCGAAAUACAAGAAGAACUACAAGCAUGUCGUUGUGGGAAAAGGUUCUAAGGGGACAGUGAAGGAGAUGCCAGGUGUGCUGGAUGUGAGAUCAUCACCGCUGUUAGCAGGACCAGAGGUUUUGGCUAAGUGCCCCCGGGCGUACAUCCUAACAUGCGAGCACGACGUGUUGAGGGAUGACGGCCUGAUGUACGCACGGCGCCUUCAGGAGGCAGGAGUCACAGUUAACAGCCACCACUAUGAGAACGGCUUCCACGGGUGUUUUAGCUUUAUAGUCUGGCCACUGGAUUUUGAUGUGGGGAGGAGGUCGGUCAGGGGAUACAUUGACUGGCUCAAGAACAACUUGUAAAAGUGGGUGUGUGUGCGAGCGAAUGAGUGACGGCAUCUUUUUUGGGUGCAUGCAUGAGUGUGUGUUUCAGUGUUACCAAAUGCACUAGUCCUUGCUUUGUGAGUCACAGAACUGUCUAUAUUCUCUUUGUAUAAGAAAAGAUCUACGCUCAGGGCCCUCUUGUACCUGCAGAUACACACACCAGCUUGGUGCUUAUGACGUUUACGUGAUAUUUUCAAGAUUACCAAAGGUGAAAUAUUGUAACCUUACCAUGGCUAACACUGUGAGCAUUUCACAAACAUAAACUAAACACAUAGAAGUAUGACAUACAGAUUUAAUACCAUUUCAUAAAGGUGGUUUUAUAUUUUUUUUAAACGUGUAAGACUCAAACAUGAUCAAAAGUUCAAGUUAGCAGAAGUUUAGACAUUUCAUUAUGUGAUCCAGUGUGUUAUGUUAUGUUAUGUUGCAACCCCUUUGUGAUCAUUUGAUCUAUGCAUAGUCAGUGCUGAAAGGAUAUGAAACAGCAUGUUUUAGCAAUACUUCGAUGGCUCUGAGGAAGUCUUUUGAUAGGAUCAUGAUAUCGUACGUUUUUAAAUACCUACACUUCAUCACCUUUCUUGAGAGAAAUGUACACAGCUGUUGUAGACAUCCAUAAUGUGCAUCCUGUGCCACGAGGCAGCAGUCUUCCCUGACAGACUUGAAAAUCUCUGACAAAAAUGCACUGAGUUUCCUUCCAUUUGUUACACAUGUUGCUUAUUCAAGGUUUGCUGUUUAAACAUGAUGUUGUCCCAGUUAAGUAGAAAAAUGUAAAGAAAGAGGACACAAUCAGAGACAAAUUCUGGAAAACAAAAUCUUACCUUACAGAGAGUCCAAAUUCCAAUGUCCAUCGACUGAAACAUGAAACAUAAAAACCACUCAGGAGCCCCAAAGGAAAAAUCUAGUCCAGGAACAUCAGAGAAAGACGCAAAAACAGGCAGAAAAGACUCAAUGAAGUGACACCGAAAGAAAGGAAAGUACAGAGACUGAAUACAAGCAGGGUAAUCAAACACAGGUGUGAGAGCAAGACACAGGUGAAACUUAACGAGCAGUCAAGCUGGAGGGAAAACACAGGGAGUAAAACUAGACAGGUAAGGCUGUGAGAAUACUACAAAAUAAAACAGGAAACAAGAAAACAGGUGCACUGACUCAAAAAAUAACAUGAGAAAUGAAAACUAAAACAACUACUGACUGUAAAAGAUAAGAAUAUAAGACAGGAUGUGAAAUGUAAGGGAAGAUUUUCAAAAUAAAACAGGAAAUGAAGCCCAAAAUAUGAAAAAUCAUGAUUCAAAACCAAACAAAAGCAACUCGGUAUGUGAUUUUAAAAGUGUUACAUGGAAUGAACCCAUUUCAUGCUGUGUUUACUUGUCUGUGGUAGUCCCUUCAGCGGAAGUGUGCAAUUUCUCACAGUAUCCACUCUUAUGGACUAACAACUGCAAGUGCAAUAUACAUGUGUUUUCUGUUAACAUUCUCAAGGGCUUUGAAUAUCAUCCGUUGACAUCCAAAUCUACAUUUUUUUGUAUUCUAUGUGUGACAUAUAUAUCUUCCUGUGUCUGAAAUCGUCCUGCUGUUGUCAAUAAAAUCCAUGAAAUUACACUCAUAA